UUAAGCUUUACUCUACAGCACAGUCAUCUGGAAGAAUAUUAUUCAACACUUCGCAGAAAAAUUUCUUCUAAAUUUCUGACCUAUUAAUUUACUCCUGGGAAGAUCUCCCAUUGACGAUGGGUCAUUUAAUAAACGGAAGAUGUAUCCCGGAAAUUUCAGAUUUAUAUGCUUGGCCGAAUUUGACUAGUGUCACGAAGCUCACUGCAUAAUCUAUGAAACUUUCUCAUAUUGUAGCAGGCACAAAUGAGUGUUCCUCAUGGAGACCUUGGCCAUUCUACGGGUAGAUCUGCUGCACAUCCUGAUGCCAGCGCGGUGCCGGUUGAACAUGCUCACAACGUUCAGAAAGCAGUGCAGCUACCAUUAUCAAACCAAAACAAAUAUCGUGACGCGGCAGUUAUUGCAAUAUCGCGAGAAGGGAUCAGUUAUACGUUUUUGGCCAGUGAAUCCCAUGCAGAAUUUCCAACGACUUCGCAGAUAUGGAAAUCUAAUGAUAAGCCUUCUCCUCAUGAAACAGUUCAACUUCAACAGGAAAAGGAAAGCACUAGUAAAACACCAAAGAAAAACCUUUCCAGAUUCGUUGCGACAAGCAUAAUUGGUCGAUCCACGAGUGCGAAGUCCAAUGCAGCGCACUGCUCAGAAAUACUGGACGAACCGGAAGUAGUGGACCUAACCGAGGCUGUUAGCCGGCAUGACAAAGCACAUAGCAAACUAGAUAUUUUGCAAGCGGCUGCACACGAUCAGUCUCAGGAUGAUCCUACAAAUUCAGACGAACUACGCAGCAAGCCUGGACUGGUCGAGAAGCAGAAAACCGGGUUCCGGAAAUACUGGAAGCAGCUGAAAGAUAGCAUCCACCGUAUCCGACCUCAUGAGUUUGCAGAACAUAAGUAAUAUUCAGCGAAUCGCCGUAAAAACGUUAUUCUUACAAGUUAUUUUCAAAAUAUUUUGAGAGGUCAUCAUUUGCAUUAUUACUGCAAACUGCAUAAACAACAUUUAUUAUAAAGAUACUCUGCUGAGUUCGUUGUACU